AUGGCGUCCAAGGAUUCCAGUUCCAACCCGAAUGCGCCCGCCGAAUGGGGCGGGGCGGUGCAUGGCGUUCGUCUAUAUCUGGGGGCAGUCGGGCUAGGCCUAGCUCUCUUUCUCACGUGCCUGGAGGCGACCAUUUCAAAGCAGUUGGAUCAUUACAUCGUAUCUGCUCACCUAUACUGGUCCGUUUUCGUUCCUCUCGAGAUUGGGGUGAAGCGAGGAUACUCUGCCGGGGCAAAGCUCAUUUUUUUGACUGUAGGAUUUCUGAUCGUCUGGUCGAAUUGCAGUACGAUACUUGGGGUCAAGUUUGCCGUUCUCGCGUCGCUGUUUCUUUUCGUGGUGUUUUCGGCCGGCUGCGCCGCGUCGCAAACCCUCAGCCAGCUUAUUAUUUUUCGGGCCUUCCAAGGGCUUGGCGGCGCAGGGGUCUAUUCCCUGACAUUGUUUUCGUUUGUUCGGAUAGUUCCGUAUAAGCACUUUGACAAGGUGAGCUCCCUCGCCGGCGGGAUUUCAUCGCUCGGUCUUGUUUUGGGACCAUUACUUGGAGGCGCGAUUGCCAACAGCGGGAGCUGGCGCUGGGUUUUUCUCUACAAUGUUCCGGCUGGGGCCAUCUCAUGGGUUCUCAUAUUCUGUACAAUUCCAUCCCAUUUCCCCAACCCGCCAUCGGGGGAGCUGUCACCGACAAGGAAAAGGCAGAACUGGCAGACGACCAAAUCCUUUUUUGGCCGCGUCGAUAUCCCCGGCACCCUUUUGACGUUAUCUGCCUCCUCCUUUAUCAUCGCGGCUCUCCAGGAAGGAAAUUCGGAGUAUGCCUGGAGCUCGGGACUCGUGAUAAGCUUCUUCGUUAUUGCGGGGCUAUCAUGGUUCGGAUUUAUCUGGUGGGAAUGGUUUAUUUCCACUCGUGGCCCAGCAACUACACCGAUGUUUCCAUGGUGGCUGACCCAAAACCGGAUUUUCAUGGGCGUCAUUCUGGGGUUUUUUACAACUGGACUGCCGUUGUUUGUUUGCAUUAUAAAUGUCCCUCAGCGGUUUCAAAUUGUCAAUGGAAGCACUCCAAUCGGGGCCGGGGUGAAGCUGCUCUCCUUCUCAGUGAGCUGCCCCCUCGGCAUCAUAGCCUGCUCUAUCCUGGCUGGAAGACUGGCGAUUCCGUUCACCUAUAUCACAUUAGCUGGUAUUGCCUGUGAGAUCACGGGCUUGUUUCUGUACUCAGAGAUUAGUCCGGCCACACACCUCUGGCUUGGUCAGUUUGGAUAUCUGGUGUUGGCUGGUCUGGGUGUCGGACUGAGUGUAGCUGCCUUCUACAUGGCAGCUCCCCUUGUGGUAGACCAAAAGGACCAAGCCGCCGCCGUUGGGAUCGGCAUUCAAUUUAGAACACUGGGAGGCGUGUUAGGGGUCGCCGCAUCCACCUCGAUCCUCAACCAUUACCUAAAAAGCCGACUGGCAUCAAUCCUGGGCCCUUCGGAGCUUGCAGCUUUGUUAAAAACGACCCAGUUUAUCCGAGCUCUAUCGCCAGACGUUCAGGUCCGUGUCCAAGAGGUCUACGCGUUGGCCUAUGGCGCGCAGAUGAAACUCGCAGGUGCCUUUUCCGUGGCCCAGUUACUGGCGGUCGCGAUGAUGUGGAAGACUGAGAAUGUGCGGUUUUCAAAGCCCAAGCAAUCCCAUUGA